AUCGAGACCUCCUCUAUAUAUGAUCGAAUCGCUUUCAAAGUUCUACGGUAACCCGACAUUUUCUGUUUUUUCAUCAUUCCACUUUCUUUCUCCCAUUUUCUGUUUUUGUUUUUCCGAUAAAUAUCGGAUCAGGCAACCGUAUCUUAUUCUCCGAUCUUUCCGCUUCUAUCUGAUUUUUUUUUCAGAUAUGAACUCAUCAGAUUAGAGAAUUUAAGAAGAAAUAUGGAUUCUGCAAGAAGUUGGUUUCACAAGUUUCAACCACGAGAGAAGCCCCGUAAAAAAGAUAUGUUCUCCGGAAGUACUUGCGACGGUGGCGGCACAGAAACCACCGUUCCCGACGGAGGAGACGAAACAGAAACGACGUCGAAACUUCCACCACUAGGCGGAGACGGAGGAGAAGCACUCUCUAAUACAACCAAACAAAAAGUUGCUGCAGCGAAGCAAUACAUCGAGAAUCAUUAUAAGGAACAGAUGAAGAACCUCAACGAGAGGAAAGAAAGACGAACAACGCUAGAGAAGAAGCUAGCAGAUGCAGAUGUAUGUGAAGAAGAUCAAACCAAUCUUAUAAAGUUUCUUGAGAAGAAAGAAACAGAGUACAUGAGACUCCAAAGGCAUAAAAUGGGUGCUGAUGAUUUCGAACUCCUAACUAUGAUCGGUAAAGGUGCUUUCGGAGAGGUUCGAGUUGUUAGAGAGAAGAACACAGGUCACGUUUUUGCUAUGAAGAAACUCAAGAAAUCAGAAAUGCUUCGCCGAGGCCAGGUAGAGCAUGUAAGAGCAGAGAGGAAUCUAUUGGCAGAAGUAGACAGUUACUGUAUAGUGAAGCUUUAUUGUUCUUUUCAAGACAACGAGUAUCUUUACCUGAUCAUGGAGUAUUUGCCCGGAGGCGAUAUGAUGACACUUCUGAUGAGGAAAGACACUUUAAGUGAAGAUGAAGCUAGGUUCUAUGUCGCUGAAGCUGUUUUGGCUAUCGAAUCUAUCCAUAAACGCAACUAUAUCCACAGGGACAUAAAACCAGAUAACUUGUUGCUUGAUAGACAUGGACAUUUGAGGUUGUCUGAUUUUGGACUAUGUAAGCCAUUGGAUUGUAGUGUUAUUGAAGGAGAAGAUUUCUUGGUAGGCAAUUCGGGUAGCGGAGGAGGUUCAGAGAAGGAAGAGAGUGCGUCAACCGCUCCUAGACGUUCGCAGCAAGAACAAUUGCAACAUUGGCAGAAGAAUCGAAGAAUGCUUGCUUACUCAACCGUUGGUACACCAGACUACAUUGCACCUGAAGUCUUGUUAAAGAAAGGAUACGGCAUGGAAUGUGAUUGGUGGUCACUUGGAGCUAUAAUGUACGAGAUGCUUUUGAUCCAAUACACAAGAUGUCACAUGCAGGCACAUCCUUGGUUCGAAGGUGUAGAAUGGGAAAAGAUUUACCAAAUGGAAGCUGCGUUUAUUCCCGAGGUCAACGACGAUUUGGAUACUCAAAACUUUGAGAAGUUCGAUGAGGAAGAUAAUCAAACUCAAGCACCCUCUAGAACAGGGCCAUGGAGAAAAAUGUUAUCUUCAAAAGACAUAAAUUUUGUCGGUUACACAUACAAAAACUUUGAAAUCGUCAACGAUUAUCAAGUCCCUGGUGUAGCCGAACUAAAAAGGAAAGAGACAAAACCGAAGAGACCAUCGGUUAAGUCACUAUUCGAGAGCGAGUCGGAGGAGUCGUCGUCGUCGUCAGGUGGUUCGGAGCAACAGACCAUUAACCGGAGCUUCUCAAAUCCGACGCCUCGUGGAGUGGAACCCAACCUGAGACGUCCGGAGUCUGAGUAAUUAAACUAAAGUAAACCGAAUCGAGUUGGAGACAAAUGCCGAAUACAUAGAAUAAAACUAUUCUUCUUUUCUUUUAUAUCUUCUAUAUAUAUAUUUUUUCGUUAAUCCUAAUUUGUAAAUUGCAAUACAUUGAGUAUUAUAAUGUAAUCACAUAUAUAGGUGGUAGGAAAAAGAAAGUGAAAAAAACAGUAAUAGAUAACAAAUGUUUUCAAUUCCACUUAAUUUGAGAAGCAAACUAUAUGUUUUAUACCAAAAAAAAAAAAUCUA